UUGGUGGAGAUGGUGCAUACGCCGACCCAUCCAAACCGACACCUUCACGAUGAGGCGGAAUUCUAUCGCGUUCAGAUGGAGUUACUCCGCGAAGAGGUGAACGAGAAAAAUUGCCGAUCUAGUCAGCAUCUCGACGAAAAGGUGAGUCUCUUGUCAUUCAGACGGCGACAUGUUUGA